AUGGCCUCGACCGCUAUUUCUGUUUCGAUGAUCGCGUGUUCUUCGUCUUCUUUUUCUUCCUCUUCUUCGAAACGUUUCGAGAAAUCGAAAUCGCAGCCGAAGACGUUUUCCAUCGUCCGACAAAAAUCAUCAUCGUCGUCGUCCUCGAAGUCGUCUUCGUCUUUGUCCUCGUUCGCGCUGAACGCUCGACGCAAAAAAGACGAGGACGCAUCCGUGGACGCGGAGAUUUUAGACGCCGUCGAUGACAAGAAGAGUAGCGGUAAAAAUAAUAACGGCGUCUCGAUCGCGAAAGUAAUAAACGGAUCCUCAUCAUCAUCGUCCGAAGCGACGUUUCGCUCCUUACGAGACGGCGCGUUGGACGACGACAACAUGAUCGACACUGUGCAAGUGGUCACGGUGAGAUUUCAGAUCAAAAUGGAAGUCGGUUUUGGGGACGUGAUGCGAAUCUGCGGCUCGCACGAAUCCAUGGGCGAGUGGGACGUCGCCAACGCGUUACUCUUGAACUGGUCGGAAGGGAACGUUUGGACGAGCGAAGAGGUCGAGUUACCGGUGGAUGGUAUUUAUAUUUACAAGUACUGCGUGGCGCCGGCGUCCAAUCCGAACGCGCCGUCCAGUUGGCAGUCUGGGAAUAACCAGGUGUUGUCGUUAUCCCCGGAGGAUGGACCAAUUUUAUACGUGAAAGAUUCGUGGAGCGGGAACCCGAACGAAACGGCGGUGUUCAGCGCCGAAGGCGUGAAGCAAAGCAAAGACGAACGCUUAGUCGAACGAGUGAGGAAGCAAGACGAAACGGUGAAGAGGCAAACGGGGGAGAUCAAGGUUUUGAGAACGGAAUUGAAAACGUCGAAGAUGCAAGUGAAAGCGCUGAGAGAAGAGGCGAGGUUGAGCGCGAACGUGAGAAUCGCGUUGAAGGAUCAGUUAAACGCGGAGAAGAAGAGAAAUUUGGUGUUUGAAGAACAAGUCGGCGCGUGGAAGAAACGAUUCAUGCAAAUCACCGGAAACGGCGAUAAAGAAGAUAAAAAGUCGAGCAAGCAAGAGAGUCGUUAG